UUGACGCCGGCGACACGGAAUCACACGGUACGGGAGUAGCAGUGGAGUAGCAGCCAGCGGUGAUCACUACGAGCGUGGUGCGCGCACGGCGUCAUGAACGGGGUUUCGCGGUCGUAAGUGUCAUCUGAGGAAAUCGCGACGGUCGUUUCUUCUCGAUCAUGUACCGCUACUGUGGGAUCUGUCGCUUGUCUUGCACGCUGUGUCGUCGAUAAUAAUGCAAUGAGUACGACGACGAAGAUGACAAUGAUGCCAUGCGAAAUUCGACAGUGAAAUCGGCGGCACGAACAACAGCAACGACGACAACGACGACGGCGACGAUGUCGAUGACGCCGCGAGUGCGGAGUAACGGUCGUGUGCAACGUGGAACUGCUGUCGCAGCUUGAACCGUGCAACAUACGCUGUUCACAUCGCUUUCACGUCCGAACCUCUGCGUGUUUUUCUCCUCCCUUCAGCGCGAUCGGGACGUCGACGUUGAGACGCCGGACGAAGCGGUCCCGGGCGCAAUGGCAGCUCACAAGACGGGCGGGCAGACCGCCCGUAAGAAAGUUCAGGUGUCUAUGGUUAUAAGAGACGAAGUAGAGAAGCAGCAUAGGGCUGGUGUCAAUUCCUUACAGUAUGAUCCAGCUCUGCACAGGUUAUAUUCUGCUGGUAGAGACAGCAUCAUAAGGAUAUGGAAUUGUAGAAAUAUGAAGGAACCAUAUAUUCAAUCUAUGGAACAUCAUACCGAUUGGGUUAAUGAUAUAGUGCUGUGUUGUAAUGGCAAAAAUCUUAUAUCUGCAAGUUCUGACACUACCGUCAAGGUAUGGAAUGCACAUAAAGGUUUCUGUAUGUCCACCCUGCGCACGCACAAGGAUUACGUUAAAGCAUUAGCAUAUGCCAAAGAUAGAGAGCAAGUUGCUAGCGCGGGUCUAGACAAGUCGAUAUUUCUAUGGGAUGUUAAUACAUUGACUGCUCUUACCGCGAGUAAUAAUACAGUCACAACUUCAUCCCUGAGUGGAAACAGAGACUCUAUAUACAGUCUUGCCAUGAAUCAGAUUGGCACAGUUAUCGUGAGCGGUAGUACAGAGAAAGUUCUUCGAGUGUGGGAUCCACGAUUUUGUACCAAACUCAUGAAACUUCGUGGUCACACGGACAAUAUUAAAGCAUUAGUCUUAAACAGAGACGGGACGCAGUGUUUAUCAGCGAGUUCCGAUGGCACUAUUAAAUUGUGGUCGCUUGGCCAACAGAGAUGUGUGCAAACCUUUAGGGUUCAUAAAGAAGGAGUAUGGGCGUUAUUGGCAACGGAUAAUUUUAGCCAUGUAAUAUCUGGAGGCAGGGAUAAGAGGGUAGUAAUGACAGAAUUAAGCUAUGCUAUAGAGAGAUAUACAGUCAUUUGCGAAGAAAAGGCACCUAUACUCAAGAUGGCUAUGACACCGGAUCAAUCUAGUAUUUGGGUAGCCACCAGCGAAUCAACCAUAAAUAAUUGGCCAAUAAGCCAAAAAGAUUGGCAAGAAUUAGGAAUAGGAGAUUAUUGUGAUUCCGCGAGUAAUGUAUCGGGCAAUAUUUUAAGGAACACCGAACCUACACAGAAAAUAUUGGGUGGUCCUGCCAUAAGACAUUAUCACAUAUUAAAUGAUAAAAGACAUGUUUUGACAAAGGAUACAGAAGAGAAUGUUGCACUAUAUGAUGUAUUAAAGGCAUGUAAAAUAGAAGAUUUAGGUAGAGUUGAUAAUGUCGAUCUCAAAACAGGGAUGUUAACUAUACAUUUAGGGCAAGAUGAAAAUGAUUGCUUCUCUGCAUGGGUUUCCGCUAAAGAAACUGGUCUAGCGGAGAACGAUGCUGUAGAUCAGAAAGUAAAUUAUGGAAACCUUCUGCUGCAAGCAUUACUUGAACACUGGUGGAGACCAUUGCAUGCUGAUGAUGAGAAUGAGGGUAAUGGCAAUGAUGGAAAUGGUCCUUUACAACACACGAGAGGAGGAAAUCCAUACUUUUCAGUUCCUAGUCAUACACCUGUCAUCUUUAGUGAAGUGGGAGGUAGAACCAUCUAUCGACUAUUGGUUCGAGAUGCUGCAGGAGAAACUGAGGGUGUCCUAUUAAACGAGACUGUACCACCAUGGGUGGUGAAUAUCGUCGUGGACAAGAAUCUUCCUCAGUUUAUUAAAAUACCUUUUUAUCUUCUUCCACACGCCUCUUCAGGUGUAAAAAGUUUGAAGAAGGAUCGUUUAAUAGCCAAUGAUUUUAUACAAGUACGUAAAGUGGCCGAACAUGUUUACGAUAAAGUACUCGGUGCAGGAAGCGACUCAGGUUCAGUGGCUGGUGGUGGAAAUACAGUUUCCAGCGGAUCUCCGGCAGGUGAUAGGACGAACACGGACUCUAAUGCUGAUAAUUCUUCAUUGGCUGAAGAAAAAGUCGAACUCCUAUGUAACGAUCAAGUCUUGGAUCCUUCAAUGGAUUUGAGAACAAAUAGUGGAAAAUACAUAGGCUACUUGCAGAAUAUGGUACCUUGUGCCACCUUCUUAGGAAAUGAUCACCUGGAUUUGACAAACGUUUCGUGUGACGUUGAGGCAGGAGUGAAAGAAAGCGAGGCGUAUUUGGAGUAUUAGGACAUAAUGUAAAAUUUUAAGGCAAUAAUGUGUGGAAGUAUUAAUGUAAAUUGCUCACUUUUAUACACUUGCAUCCUGCGGCCAAAUUCACAACAGAGCAUUACUCUCGGUUAAUCUGCUUGAGAACAUCAUGCUUUUUGUACCUGGAUGUAGAGUUUAAAGUCUUGUUGUCAGCCAUAUAUCGUCUUCCCACUUCAAAGAUAUCAUUAAAAACGCAUGGCACAACUACAGAAAAAGGGAAUAGACCGCAUGGCCGAGAAAAUUGUUGUUUCGUUAGGUCUAAUGGAUCCAGGUGAUCCUCACAAAUGCUUCUCAAAACAAUUUCCUCUAUUAAUCCUAUUUUAGCUGUGUAUUUCGUAAUCAGUACAUAGAAUCGUCUUCUUUUAGUAUUAUAAUAAAAGUAUUGAAUAUUUAUUGAGGGUAUAAGAAAUUAUACGUUUUGUUAUAUGCAUGCAUGCAAAAUGUGUAUUCCACACCUGCCUUGUUAUAUUAGAGAGCGAGAAGAAGAAAUAUAUAUAUAUAUACAUAUAUAUAUAUAAAAGAG